AUGCAACAGAACCCGUUGCAUAUGGACCCGGCCCCUUUGCUGGCGCGGGAGUUGGUACAGCUCGACGGAGACAUUGUUUGUUUGCAGGAGUGCUCGCAGGAUGCAUUUGUUUCUUUUUUGUCUCCGCUUUUAUCUGUUUAUAACUACGACGGUUUUAUUUCUGUCAAGACAAACGCCAGCAGAGUUAUAGAGGGCCCCGCGUUAUUUUUUAAAAGAAAUAAAUAUGCAGUCUUACAAAGAGAAAGCAAAACCCUCUCCAAGGAACUCCUAGAGAACGAAAUGUUUACAGACCUCCGCGCCUCCCUCAACAGCAAAUGGCCGAACCUCCUUGCGGAAGUAAUGCCUAAGUUAGGAACGAUGGUGCAGCUGGCUGCACUUCGAGACAAACAAAACCCGAAAAAUAUCAUCGUAGUUGCAAACACACAUCUCUUCUUCCACCCCAAUGCUAGCCACGUGCGUAUUAUUCAGGUGUAUGUCCUAUGCCACUUGGUGGCUGCGUUUGCUGCUGCUGCUGCUUCUGCUGCUGCUGCUGCUGCUGCUGAUGUUUCUAUAAUUCUUUGUGGGGACCUCAACUGUGAUGAAGAGAGCGGAGGGUUUACUCUGCUUAACGAUGCAUUUAUAUCUAAAAGACACCCGGAUUGGAAAUACGCCGCGACAUACAGCUGGAAUGCAGAGACCGCAAGCGAGUGCGAAGAGGCUGCAGAGGAUGCAGCAGCAGCAGCAACCCCAGCAGCAGGAGGAUCAGCAGAAGCAGCAGGAGGAGCAGCAGGAGCAGCAGCAGAAGUAGAGGGUUUAGACUUAGAGCUGCCGGUGUCUGUACACCUGAAAAGCUCUUAUGCAACUACUUUCAUGCCUUUUUCAAAUUUUGCUGCUGACUUCCACGCAACUCUUGACCAUAUCUUUGUCUCUAAAAAUAUCCAGGUGCUGCGCACUUUGCCUGGGGUGUCUCUGGAGACUGUCGCGAGUGAAGGAGGCAUUCUUUCUGCUUUCUUUGCUUCUGAUCAUUUAUCUUUAGCAGCAGACCUUCAGAUAAACAAACCUAAUUUAAUUUAA